AGAAGACCUUCUAGCGCCAUUCAGAAAUCUAGUCUGGAUCACCAGUGCAUAGCUAGAGCAGAAAAAAGAAAAGAUACGUUAAAACAUAUACAGAAAUCUGUUGAACAAAGAUGGGAAAACCUAAGAUUAAAUCCCAAGAAAAUGAUCAAUAGUGUACUUGAUCGUCCACGUAAAUCUAUUGUAAUGGAUCAUCUAAUUAGCGAGAAUAUUAGUGGGGACAUUACUAUAACUACAGACAAAGAUGAAAUUAAAAAUAAAGUACGUAAUCAUUUUUACAAUUGGACAAGCAAGCGGAACACGGACAUACUUUUAAUGAAUAAAUGGGCAGAAUUCUAUAACCCCCUACCUGACGUUGAUGUGAACUGGUACAAUUCCCUAUUACUCAAUGUAGAGAUUGAUGAACUAAUAGAAACCAUCACUUCACUACCAAAUAAGAAAGCACCAGGUCAAUCUAAUUUGCAAUAUGAGUGGUUUAAACACUUACCAAUGGCCGGUUUAGAGCAAUCAAUGCAAGUAAUGAGAAUAAGAUUAAAGGUGUUAGAUUAG